AUGACAAAAACAGUGGUCACAGACUACGAACAGAUACGUUCAUUAAGAGCCCCUCCAACAGCUGGAGCUCCCCCUCCAGCCUCUGGAGCAUCUUUUCCUUCUGGCCCCCUGGCAUACAGUCAGUUUGGACGUGAAGAUGUGCAGAAUGGGAUUCCAGCCUCAACAGCCCCAGUGCAGAGGCCGCCUGCUUCUCAGCCGUUUCUGCCAGGCUCAGCACCCACACCUGUCAGCCAGACAUCUACGUUGCAGCAAUAUGGUCCCCCCCCAGCCAAUGUACAGCAGCUCAGCAAUCACAUGGCAGGGAUGACAAUUGGCAGUACUACAGCCUCUGCUCCUCCCCCAGCUGGACUGGGCUAUGGUCCCCCAACAUCGGUUCCCCCAGUCUCAGGAAGCUUUAGCGCAACAGGAUCUGGUCUCUACACACCUUACACUGCGAGCCAAGGACCCCCUCCUACCAGUGUGUCUCAGGGUCUUCCUUUGGCACAGCCUCCGUUUCCUGGUCAACCAAUAUCAGCUCAGCGCCCACCUACGCAAGUCCCUGGUUUUGCCCCACCUCCCUGUUCUACAGGGAUUGGACCUUCCUCUUACCCUCCUACCACAGGUGCCCCAAGGCCACCUACCAUGCCAGGCCCACCACUGCCUGGGCAGAUGGUUGCUGGACCAGCAGCGUCCCAGCCUAAUCACGUAUCCUCACCACCACCUCCAUCAACUGUGUCAGGCCCACACCCUGGGCCUCCCAUGAGUGGCCUCCAUGGACCACCUCCUCCCACUCAUCCUCCUCAGCCAGGAUACCAAACUCAGCAGAACGGUUCCUUUGGACAGGUGAGGAGUCCCCAACCAAACUAUGGAGGAGCCUAUCCAGGAACACCAAAUUAUCAACCUGGACCACCACCUCCACCAAAACGCCUGGAUCCGGAUUCCAUUCCUAGCCCUAUUCAAGUGAUUGAAGAUGACAGAAGUAACCGUGGGUCAGAACCAUUUGUGACUGGAGUGAGAGGCCAGGUCCCACCUCUUGUAACUACGAAUUUCUUGGUAAAGGAUCAAG